AUGUCCAAGGUUUUUCAGGCUAGUAGACGAUUGCUGAAGAUUUCCCAAACCUGUCAUGGCUUAGCCAGAGUUAUACCGGUUAGCCAGACGGACCCUAUGGAGUACCCACUGCUGACUGGAGCUCAUCACUGGAGACGGAAGAUGCGCACGACUUUCAGAUGUUUGGACGCUAACUCUGACGGCUAUAUUACAAAAGAAGACUACGCUAUAACAGCAAGACGUUGUGCCCAGUUUUUGAACCUUAAUGAUGAGAGAGCACAACACAUUUUGAACCAGCGUAUGGCAAUGUGGGAAAUUAUUCCUAAGGGUACAGAAGAUCCUUCUAAGGUAUCAGAGGAAGAAUAUAUCAAUUCCGCUCCACCGGUGUUCAACCGAAACAGCUUUCGACAGGAGUUUCUACCCAUGGUGAUAUCAAUGGAUUUUGAUGCCAUGGACAUUGAUGGCGAUGGACUCAUAUCCAACGAAGAACAUAAAGCUUUUUUCUAUGGCUUACACAUCCCUGUGGAUGAGUCGAAAAAAAUAUAUGACGUGAUGGACACGAACAAGGAUGGUUUGAUAUCCAUUGACGAAUUUGCACAUGCUUGGACAGAAUUCUUUUUAACCGAGGACCCGAAUAACAUAUACGACGUGUUAUUUGGUAAACUGGCUGAUUAA